AUGAUUCGAUCGUUCGUCUUCGCAGCCCUCGUGGCUCUGGCUCUGGCCGCCAGUCCACGAUUUGAGCGCACCUUCCAGCCCAAGAACGAGUACCACUACCGCUUCGAGGGACUCGUCCUUGCCGGACUUCCCACCACUUCUUCUGAAAUCUCUCAAACUCGCAUCGACGCCCUCGCUCGUCUCCAGACCGUUGACGACCGCACUCUCGCCCUCCAACUGAUCAAGAUCCGUCUCAGCGCUUCGCAUGAAACCGAAGUUGAGGGAAUCCCGUCGCAGAACUCCUUGGAAAAGCGUGAAAUCGAGCCCAAGCACGAGGAGCUUCUCGAGCUCCCUGUUCGUGCUCACAUUCGCAACGGCCUCAUCUCCGACGUCCAGUUCGACCGCGAAGACCAGGAAUGGUCCAAGAACGUCAAGCGCGCCGUCCUGAACAUGCUGCAGCUGAACACUGAGCAGCACAAGGACGAGAAGUUCGAAACCGAACAGCUCGAGAGCAACGACAAGCACUUCAACAAGAUGGAGAAGACCAUCGAGGGAGAAUGCGAAGUUUCUUACACCAUUGUCGAAGAGUCCCAGAAGACCAUCGUCACCAAGUCUGUCAACUUCGACAAGUGCACUACUCGUCCAGAAGCCGCCUACGGCCUCCGCUUCGGAUCCAAGUGCGAACAGUGCGAGGAGCAGAGCAAGCACAUUCAGCCCAUGACCGUCUACACCUACGUCAUUGAAAAGGAGCAGAUCCAGAAGGUCGACGUCGUCUCCGUCUACACCAUCAACAUGAACGGCCAGGAACUCAUGAAGACUGAGACGCGCUCGCGCCUUACUCUUGAGGAGGUCCAUUCGAUCAAGAAGCAGAUCCAGAAGGUCGACGGCGAGAAGGAAGAAAUCAUCUACUCUGCUCAGUUCGAGAAGCAGGUUGAGGAGUUCUACAAGAAGGGCGACAAGGCCUCCGUCAACCCCUUCGAGCAGUACCAGACCGAGAAGAAGAUCCAGCAGAUCAAGACCAUCACCGAGCAGAUCAUGGAGAACGAGGACAACAAGCAGGAGACUGCCCACCACCUCGCCCGUCUUGUCAGCCUCGUCCGCAUGUGCACCGUCGAAGAACUUGACCAGAUUCACUCUGAAAUCUACAAGAAGGCCGACAAAAAGGUUUUUUUAUAGAUGGUUUCAGAAAAAAAUUGAAAUGUAAAAAUAAUUCUUCUUUUUUUGCUGACUUAUUUAGGCUUUUUGCAUAUCGAUAAAAAAAAGUAUUUUGAGGGAAAAAAGAAGGAAAAACGUUAAUACGACCUUGAAGACAACUUUCGUCAAAAAAAUCUAGUUCAGUUGAAUUAAAAAAAAUUCGAAAACUCUUUUUUGCGAACUUCAGCACAACAAAUGGGAAAAAAAUGAAAGUUUGUGAAAAAAAUACUAAUUCACAAAAAAAGCUGAAAAAAAGAUUAUAAUAGAAAAAAUAGCAGCAGUUUUUCAGGUGCUUUCGAUUUUGGAUCACGUUCAUGCUAUCUCUGGAACCAAAAACACCAUUGAACACUUGAUCAAGCACAUCGAACAAGACGACUUCUCUCCCAUCAAGGCGGCUCAACUUCUGAAGUCCGUGCAGGAAACUCCCUAUCCUUCGGAGCACAUCGUCGAGAUUCUUCUCCAGCUGGCCAAGUCCAAGAUUUCCCGCGAAAACGAAGUUAUCCGCCAGUCUUCGUGGCUCGCCAUCGGCUCGGUCGUCCGUGGAGUCGUUUCUCAGACCCCUGAAAUCCAUCUCGUCAAGGAACACUCUCGCGAACUCAAGCAGAAGUAUGUCCGCGUCUUCAUGAGCCUCUUCAAUGAUGCCGAAACCACCUACGAGAAGAUCCUUGCCUUGAAGGCCCUUGGAAACGCCGGAAUCGACGUCUCCGUCCAGGAGCUCGAGAAGAUCAUCUACGACAAGCGUCAGCCUCUCCCUGUCCGCAUGGAAGCCAUCGAUGCUCUGCGUCUCCUCAAGGACCAGAUGCCCCGCAAGAUCCAGAACAUCCUUCUGCCCAUCUACAAGAACCGUCAGCAGACCCCCGAACUCCGCAUGGCCGCUGUCUGGCGAAUCAUGCAGACUCUCCCUGAAGAGCCUGUCCUUUCCCAGAUUGUCUACCAGAUGGACCGUGAGUCCAACCAGCAGGUCGCCGCCUUCACCUACCGUCUUCUCCAGUCUCUUUCGCAAUCGACCAACCCGUGCUACAAGCGUGUUGCUUCCAACAUCCAGUCGAUCUUGAACUUCGUCCGCUACCAACCUCAAGAAGGCGUCCUCGCCUCUUUCCACCAGCUGCCUUUCUUCUCUGAGGAAGCUCUGUCUGGCGCUCAAUUCGACAUGGCUGCCAUCUUCGGCAAGAACUCCGUUCUCCCCAAGGAACUGACUGCCUCGCUCGACUCCGUCUUCGGAGGAAACUGGAACAAGUACCUUGUCCAGAUGGGCUUCUCCCAGAACAACUUGGACCAGAUCGUCAUGAAAGCCCUCAACAAGCUCCAGAAGAUGGAUUCCGAGAAGACUGUCGUCCGUGGACGCCGUGUUCAGUCUGGAAUCUCUCUCCUCAAGAAACUCGCUCAGAAGAUGAACAUCCGCUCGCGAAGCUCCUCUGAAGAGACCCAGCAGCCUCACGCCGUCUUCUACUUGCGCUACAAGGAGAUGGACUUCGCCGUCCUCCCAAUCGAAGUCGAACAGAUCGAGCGUCUUGUCGAGAAGUACGUCAAGAACGGAAAGAUCGAGACUUCUUCUAUUGAGCGUCUGUUCAACCAGCUUCCGGAAUUCAACAACCACCACGCCGCCUAUUUCUUCGACAUGACCCGCAAGGUUCCUACCAGCAUGGGUCUGCCUUUGGCUAUCACUGUCAAGCUCCCUACUGUCUUCUCCGUCCAAGGAAAGCUCUCCGUCGAGCUUAUGUCUCUUGAAAGCCGUUUCACUCUUGAGGUCCAGCCUUCCAUUGCUGCCACUCACGUCACUCAGAUGCGCUUCUGGACUCCUCUUUUCGAACAAGGAACCAAGUCGCUCAGAUCCAUCAGAGCCAAUGUCCCCGUCAAGAUGGACGCCAGAAUCAUCCUCAAGAAGGACGUCGAAGUCGAGCUUUCUUUGACCAUUCCUCAGGACAAGAAGACCACCAUCCAGGUCUCCAGCCGCCCAGUCGCUUUCUUGCGAUUCCCUACUUCUGAAGAAAUGAACUACGUCGAAGCUGAAGAGAAGACUUUGGUCGCUCCUCAGUGGCAGCGCAAGACCGUCGAGGUUGAGCGAUCCUACAAACUUUUCGGUCUUGAGAUGACUGUCCGCGGAAACAUGCUCAACCAGUGGACCUGGGAGAACGCCGCUCUCUGCGAGCAGGACAUCGAAUACACCGUCGAAAGCCGCCGUCAAGAAGGACGCUUCACGGCUCGUUUGAACAUUGGAAAGCUCCAAACUUCUCAGAUGUCUGAGGUCGAGUUCAACAAAGUCUUCGAGCCUGAGUUCAAAUCUGAAGACUCUCAGUUCGAAGAGCGUGAUGAAAACAAGCGUCGUGAGCACUUCAACAAAAUGAUCCGCGACAUCCAGUCUGGCUCUGGCUACAAACAUCGCCUGACCUUCAAGCUGGAGACUCCCGAUGAGAAAUACUUCAACUCUGAGCUCACCACCGUCCUCGACAAGGAAGUUCGCGUCAUCAAGGCUACCUUGGAAGCCCGCCGAUCGCCGUCCGACUCUGAACGCAAGGAGUGGAACCUCGAUUCUGAACUUCUUGUCGCGCUCCCGGAAAUGCCCAACACCCUCCGCCAGCUCAAGGAUUUGCCUCACCGUGAAGUCCAGGCCACGAUUGUUUCCCGCUGGGGAUCUGAGAAGCAGAAUGAGCUGAAAGUCAACGUCCAGCUCGAACAGAGCCCUGAGCAGAAGAAGUGGAUCCACAGCAUCGAGCGUGAAUCCAACGGCAUGCCCGAGUACGAACGCCUUGUCAAGGCCGCCCGCCUCAACCAGAUCAGCGCCGUCGCCAACUACAAACUGAACCGUGAGAGUGAAUUCGUCUUCGGCCGUCUGUUCAACCUCGUCAAGGCCUACUCUUUCUGGAGCACCCAGGAACGUUCCCAGGACAACCAGGAAAACCGUGUCGUUCUCCGUCUGACCGUUGAUCCCAUCACUCGCCAGUACUGCAACGUCUCCGUCCAGACUCCUGAGCAGCACGUCGUCAUUUCCAACGCCGAACUGCCCACUCGUGUCUACCUGCCUUCCAUUGCUCAACGCUCCAUGCGUCGUGCUCUUUCUGAGAAGGUCAACGCCGUCUGCGAGGUCGAGCAGGACCAGGUCACCACCUUCGACAACCUCAUCUACCAAGCUCCGCUCACUACCUGCUACUCGGUCAUCGCCAAGGACUGCUCUGAGGAGUCUCAGUUCGCCAUUCUCGCCAAGAAGUCCAACAAGAAGGGAGAUCUUCUGAAGGUCAAGAUUGUCAAGGAGAACGACGAAAUCGUCUUGGAACAGCGCAACGGAGAAAUAAAGGUUGAGGUCAACGAGAAGAAGGUCAACAAGCCUUCUGAGCUUUCCCAGUACAAGUGAGCUUCGUUCAAGAGUUUAUUUCAAUGGUAAACAACUUUAGCAUCGAACUCAUCAACGAGAAGCUUGCUGUCAUCCAGCUCGAAGACGGAGAAGUCCAGUUCGACGGCUACACUCUCAAGACCAACAUGAACCAACUUUCUCAGGGUAGACUCUGCGGUCUCUGCGGAAACAACGACGACAACGUAAGGAAUCGCUUCGAAACUAAAUGAAAAUUCAUAUUUUCAGUCUGACAACGAGUUCCGCACCGCUGAAGACAAUGAAACCGAAGACAUCGAGGAGUUCCACCGCUCUUUCCUUCUCAAGGAUGACGUAAAUCAUAUCUUUUUGUUGCUAUUUCUAUGGAAUAUUUUCAGGAGUGCGAAGUCGAAGAGAGCCGCCUCUCCGAGAAGAAGAACUACAAGGUCUCCAAGUACGAAAACGAGCAGGAAAACUCCGAACAGUACGAAACUGAAGAGUACAAGACCGAGAGCCGCAAAUGGCGCCAGGAAAAAUCCGGUUGGUGAUCAUGGACAUUUCAAGAUUGAUGGAAAGUUUCAGAACUUGUCGAGAAGACCAAGGUCGUCGAAUACUCCCACCGCGUCUGCUUCUCGCUCGAGCCCGUGAAGGAGUGCCGCCGUGGCUUCGAAGCCGAGGAGUCGCAGCCGAAGAAGGUGCGAUUCACCUGCCUUCCUCGCCACAAGGCUGAAGCUCGUCGUCUCCUGAACGACGCCCGUGAGAAGACCCUCCGUCUUGAAGGAUACCCCAUGUCCUUCGUCAAGAGCGUCGAGGUCCCCACCGCCUGCCUUGCUUUCUAA